UUCCAAGCUCACUGAGCCCUGCGGAUUUUCCUCAGCCUCUGCAAUCUCCUCGAACUCCUGCUUGCGAGUUCCAGGCCUCGAUGUGAGUAUGAGGCGCCCUUGCGGCGGAACUGGUCACUCACUUACGUGAGUGUACAGCUCUUCGGCUCCAUCUUCCCACCCACAACUCUCACUCGCUACGCCUCAGAAACAGCUCAACCAUGGCAACGAACAGAGUAAUGAAGCGGCGAUCGGCACCAAAGGCAAAGAACGGCAAUCCGUCUUCGAUACCCGCAAACUACGGAGAGUAUCUCGCAGCAAACGCCCACAACGCAUUCCCGAACGGAGACGACUCUGGACAGCCCGAGCUCGAAAUGUUUACGGACACCAGUCCCAUCAACACGGCCGCCAAAUCCAUCUGGGCGCACUACAACGAAGACAAAUUGCCCACACUUGAUCUGGACCAACGCCAUAUCGCCGAUGUGGUUUGCUGGGCUUACGAGGCAGUCGCAUCGGCGGAUAUGAGCCCCAUUGGGCAAUGCAAAGACGACCUCAAGCGAUUCCUGGAGGCGAAGAGAGAGAAUUCGCAGCUCUCCUCCUGCGACCAAACUCUGCCGUAUCGCAACUGGCAAUUGCAUGGAUGUGCUAGCGAUGCUGUACCAAUGAACAUCGUCCCGGCUGCUCGCAUGGUGGUAGUCAAAACGGACGAUCGGGUGCACGAGCUGGACGCAGCUCGGGAAAGAGCAGGGCCAACAGCACACGAUGCAGCUACGACCCAUCUCCCAGCUCCGACACCUGGCGAUCGGCACUCUGAGUGGAGACAUAAUCAGCAACGGUUUGGCGACUCUCUAGAGCUUAGGCGCAUGAGACUUUACGAACACAUCAAGAGAGCGGUGCUGGCAGGCACGUUAUGUGCGCCAGGAACAGUACCCCAGUGACGGGCUUCCCCGGCACGACAGGCCUUCCAGCUACGACGAACCUCCCGGCCACGAUAGCUCUAUCGUCUACGACUGCCCACAACCCAGCGCUCCGGUCCUACGGACCAUGGGCUCCGGGGCCUGGGCAAGAUCCCGACGAUAACUCCAGAGCUCAAGCUGAUUACAGGGCUAUGUUCGAGGCCGCGAAAAGAAUGGCAAUAGCUGAGGUCGAGGAAAAAAGGGCAACGUCCGGCCAGCUGGAUCUACCGCGCACGACAUCGCCGGAUCAACAGACUUGGGGCGGACAUGGCUUAAAUCAAGCCUCGGAUGUGGAAGCG